CCGAAGAAAGCUGAGUCACAUCUAAAUGCCGCGGCUGCUGCUAACGCAUACAGCGAAGGAGAGAGAAUUUCUGUGUUUAUUUCUUCUCGCUAUUAUUGAACCAUGUUGACGAUUACGCUGAAAACUCUACAACAGCAAACAUUUAAAAUAGAAAUAGACGAAGAGCUGACGGUACGAGCUCUUAAAGAGAAGAUUGAAUCUGAAAAGGGGCAGGAUGCUUAUCCUAUAGCUGGACAGAAGCUCAUCUAUGCAGGUAAAAUCUUGAAUGAUGACAUACCUUUAAAAGAAUACAAAAUAGAAGAGAAGAACUUUGUUGUGGUCAUGGUAACUAAGCCAAAACCAGCAGCUUCUCCUGUGGUUGCUAUUUCUCUCCCUGACCUUUCACCUCAGCCACUUUCUAUACCCGCUCCUCCACCAUCUGCCCCAGCAGCUCCAGAAAUUACCCCAACCCCCACACCCACCUCUGCAACUACUCCUGUACACACUACUACAACUGCUCCAGCACCCACAAUUACCCCAACAACUGUCCCUGAAUCCACGGUCAACCCUACAACUGCCCCUGCACCCAUAAUCACUCCUGCUUCUGCCCCAGCACCUGCACUCACACCUGCACUCACACCUGCACCCACUCUUGUUGAACCAGCACAGUCUGUGGAGCCUCCCACUCCUCCGGUCUCAGCACUCCCUACUGCUGCUCCUGCUGCUGCCCCUACUUCUGUCCCUGCUUCUGUCCCUGCUUCUGUCCCUGCUUCUGUCCCUGCUGCUAUCCCUGCUUCUGCCACUGCUGCCAGUGUGGAAUUGGUGAAGACAGAGUGCUCAAGCACAGAGGGUGCAUCUGCAGAUGAGCCGCAGAGAGCUGAACCAGAGCAGCCAUCAAACCCCACUGCUGCUCUCUCAGCUGCCAGCAUUAUGGAUGAAUUGGGCCUUCUGGAGGAAGCAGCAUCAAUACUUGUCACAGGACAGGCAUAUGAGAAUUUGGUGACAGAGAUCAUGUCCAUGGGAUAUGAAAGGGAGCAGGUUGUCGCCGCCUUGAGAGCGAGCUACAACAAUCCUGAUCGAGCGGUGGAAUACCUGCUCAUGGGUAUUCCUGCUGAGACAGAGCAGCCUGCACAGGAACCAGUACCUGUGCAGCAACCUGCUGCAGAAACAGAGAGACCUCAUCCUCCACCAGCAGCCACUGGUGCUACGCCUUCCCAGGCCCCACCCACUUCGGCUAACCCCCUGGAGUUCCUGAGGAACCAGCCGCAGUUCCAUCAAAUGCGUCAGAUCAUCCAGCAGAACCCGGCGCUUCUCCCUGCCUUGCUGCAGCAACUGGGCCGGGACAACCCUCAGCUCUUGCAGCAAAUCACGCAGCACCAGGAGCGAUUUGUGCAGAUGCUUAAUGAGCCACUGGGAGGUGAAGCAGAGGCUGCUGAGGCACAGGGAGCUGCUCACACUAACUACAUCCAGGUCACGCAGCAGGAGAAAGAGGCCAUUGAGAGGUUAAAAGCUUUGGGCUUCCCUGAGGGACUUGUCAUUCAGGCUUAUUUCGCCUGUGAAAAAAAUGAGAACCUAGCAGCCAACUUCCUGCUCCAGCAGACCUUUGAUGACGAGUGAAUGUAACGUGGACUGAACCCCUAGGGGGUGAUGGAGAGACUGAGAGUGCUAGUUUGUGUGUAGUGUGUGGUUGUGGCAGAAUUUGAACAGAGAAUUUCAAUGUGACUGUGAGUACAUUAUGCUGGAGAAAAAAGCCAUGUUGUGAAUUACUCUAAUAUCAGACAUCAGAUUUCUGCCUGUAUUAGACUAUUUCACUUAGACAAUAGGCUGUGUAACUCUGCUGCUGUUCUCGCCGAGUGUGCCGUGUGAACUUGCAGGUUUUUAUCUCUGCUCUAAGUUAUUGCAAUUAAAUCCUGCCAAGACCCAAAGACCCCUGAGUAUGGUAUCUCAUCAUGUCCUUACAGUAUGUGUGGCACAUGGUGUUGCUUUUUUGUUGAUAAUUUUCACAAAUGCUCUCUAAUCUAUAGUCAAAAAAAGGGUUAAGGAACUGAAUUUGUGAUUAUUGAAAAUAACAAAGUACUACAUGUCCAAUAAAUAGACAACAAAUUAUACUGAAACCCUACUCUUUGCCAAAAGUCUUGACAAUGUGUGUCUCAUCUAGGUAUCUGAAUA